AGAAGAAACACGCAGCAGAACGAAAACAACACAGCGGCGAGAACGGAGAACCUCAAAGUCUACAAAAUCCGUGAAACCUACAUUUAAAGUUCUGAAUCUGCAGCAGUCUAAGUGGAAGUUGCAUGCAUUUGUUGGCUCAUGGGUGCACACUUGUCCCGGAGCUGCAGAACGCUCCUGUCUAUCUCGCAUCACAGCACUACAGUGCAGAGCGAUGAACUGGUGCAUGAUGAUGAUGAUGAUGAUGAUUCCCUGGGCGGUUUGGACAGACAGGAGGACAUUGCCCAGUUUCCUUACGUAGAGUUCACUGGACGUGAUAGUAUAACUUGUCCAACUUGCCAGGGAUCUGGCCGCAUACCAUCAGGUCAGGUGAAUGAGUUGGUGGCAUUGAUUCCCUAUAGUGAUCAGAGACUGCAGCCUCAGAGGACGAAGCAGUAUGUGGGUCUGUCGGUGAUUGUGUGUUUGCUGGUCUCCUCCCUGGUGGCGUUCUUCAUGUUCCCGCGGCCCGUGCUGGUGGAGGAUGGAGGGAUCCGCUCUGUUAUUGUUGUGUUUGACCAAGAGAAAAGCAGAGUCCUCAUCAACAUGACUAGUUCUCUGAACUUCCGCAACACCAACUUCUUCACCGUGGUGGUGGACAGCGUGUACGGUCAAGUGCUCUACAUGAAGACCGUGAUUGGCACCGAGCAGCUGGACAACAUCAUCACCAUCCAGCCCCUCAGCCAGAAACAGAUGAAUUUUACCGUUGCUAUGGAGAUCAGUGGGAGUCUGUCAUAUGUGUAUGCCUUUUGCACGAUGGCAAGCAUCAAGGUUCACAACAUCGUAGUUUUCAUGCAGACCUCAGUAAAAACAUCCUACAUGAUGCGGCACGCCCAGAACACACUGGAAGCAUAUCGCUACAUCGACUGUGGCGCCAACUCCACCUUACACCAACACCCCCUCCAGACUAAAGGACUGCUGAGGUAAAGCAGUCAGCCUUCAGUGGACCUCCGGAGAAAUGACGCACAACUUAAAAUCUAAAAGAAAUAGUUUGGAAAAAAAUUCCCAUCACAAUUAUAAUCACUCAGCCAAGACUGGCCAGGAAUGUAGCUAAUAAGUAUUGAAUGCAUGAUGUAUUGUUUUAUGGGGUGGUGCUUUAUAGCAAAAAAACCCCAAAAAACCUCAAGACAUGUUAAUUAUGCACAGUAUUUAUCAUAAUGUUUAAUAUUUCUCAGGUUUGAUAAAUGAGAACCGGCAAAAAGUGCCACAUUAAAAAAAAUAGUGAAAACAAUAAAUAGUAGUUUUAUUCAACGUUUCACCCACCGUGUUGCACUAAAUCCAAUCAAGCUGGACUAAUGAUGCUUUAAUCAUACAGUGUACUCAAACGCUUACUAUGAUGUAAUUUAUAAUAACAAUAUUGUCAUACGACUCAAUCGCCACUGUCCUCUAUAAAAAUAGCAAAAACUACUAUGUUUAUCCAUGCAAAUGUACUUAAGUCAAUGUUUCUAGCCUCUUUUCCACCGUAGUGUGGAACAGUUCUAAGCUUGUUCCAGUGACUUUUUUUUUUCUUUUCUUAGAUGGACAUGGUUCCACACGGUACGCUUACGACCCACAGUCAACACACUUUCCUCAGCAUGGUUAGCUAACUGUUCUCAGGGUCUUUCAGUUGUUUAUUUUGCUUAUGCAGUCGCUAGAUAAAUGAAAGCAGUGCCCCAUGUUCUAUUUAUCAUUCUAUGAAUGUCAGUGCAUCAGUCUCAAAAGGAACCAUAACUGGUCUCAAAAGUUCACACCAGCAUGGAACGGCACAGUAUAGCCCUGAGAACUAUUUUCCUCUGCAAAGAGGCUAGUAUGUCAUACAGUGUCAGAACCCACAGCAACGCUAAGAUUACUGAACAACUCCACACAGUUUGAGGCAACUGGAUGAUGUUUUAAGCAUGCAGUUAACACAAUGCUUACCAGUACUUAUGUGAAUUAGCCUUGUAGCUCCAGAGACUAAACCUGAGCUUCUUAUUUCUCCCAUUAUACCAAAAAAUUACUGCAGACAUUAGAGGGCACCCACAAGUUCUCAGUAAAUAGGGGUGAAUGGAGCUAAACAGCUAACAACGAAAAAGGAAACUUGUUUCUAACCAUUUAAGCAUGAAUUUCCUUUAAUUUUGAAAAAUAGAAGGAUAUAUUACUUUUAAAUAUCCAAGAAAACUUACAGAUUCUACAAACUUAUACAACGAGCAGUUGUUGGGCAUCAGGAUGUUAGCAUUACUGCUACUGAGUGUUGAUUGAUUAGCAUUCCUGCUGUCGAGUGCUGAUACGUUAGCAUUACUGCUAUCAAGUGCUGACUGGUUGACAUCACUGCUGCUUGGUGCUGAUUUGUUAACAGUACUGCUACUAAGUGCUGAUUGGUUAGUGAGCAUUUACAGUCAAUGAUUAAAAAUCAUUAAGCACUUGAUUUGGAAACUAUGAUUUUAUAGGUAAGCUCCGUAGGAACCCAUUCUGGACUCACUCAGAAGCGCCCUCUAGUGUCUGACCAACCAUUCUCUGGUAAAACAGUGUCUUGGCUGAUUGAGUGUAUUUGAGUUAAUGGGAAAUCAGAAACAUUUUUGCUAAAUGUUUUGCUUUAAUACAAUAAUAAAGGACUCUGCGGGUGUUUUCAGCAAUAAAUGAUUGUAUAACUAUUGUGAGCACGGUCAAGAUGCCAAAUGCUAAGAUUUAUUUUUUGAUUGGAGGAGAUUCUUGUUUAUGUUACUGCUAAACAGUUAGUGGAGUUUCUGCUGAACAACAAACUGCUUAUGUUUCCCCCUUGAGGUACUUUCAUUUGCGUCAAGAAGGACGUUUAUCUUGUUGGCUUUUGCAUGUGUUAUUGAAUUUGUACUAGAAGGAGUGGAAGGUAAAGGGACAUGCGUUACAGUAACUAUGCACAUAAGAAGAACUAAUGAAUUUUUCUUUAGUUGACUGGACUGUAUUGUUGCUGAUUGCUACUUAAUUAAUUUUGAUGCAGGUAACAAAAGCUAAUUUUUCUUUUUUUUUUUUUAAUAUUUUCUUCAUAAAGUGGGAUAAACUAGGCAUCAUAACACAAUGAAGUACAGCUUUGAGUUCACCUGAUUCAAACACGUACAUCAUUUCCACAGGAGUAAAAUAUAUUACAUCAACGUGUUUAUUGCUGAUUUAAAUUAAGGGUCUUAAGUCAGUAAGCUUGAAAUAUUGUCAGUAUAUGACUAAUUAUAAUUAUAAUAAGAUACUUGUAAGAUAUCAUUAGCUUAGUGUUUGCGGUUCAGUGAACUUAAAAAGGUGAAGCAGCUAAUUUACUCUGUUUUUAGUUAAAAAACGUACAGUAAUUGUGCUGCAUUUUGUAAUAUAUUCCAUUUAUUGGGAAAUGAUGUAGAAAUUCUUUGUUUGUACUUUUAGAGUGAUCAGGUUGAGCUGUUCUGAUAUGAUUCCAUUGGUCACUGUUUACAUUUUUACUUUUUACACAUUUAGUUUUUUUCAUGGAUGCUCUGAUACAGAAACUGUGGGUCGAUGGUUUCGGGUGCACAUCUGCCAAUACAUAAACAUUUAUAAAAUGCCAAAAUUGGGACUAAAUGUACUUUUAUUAGCAUAACCGUGAAAUACAACAGUGUUAAUGUUGUAAAAUAAAUGAAAUGCAGAUACUUUAGUGCAGUAACUAUUGUACAAUAAAUACGUCAUCAAAUAUCAGUUGGUCUGAUGACUAAUAUCUAUCUACAGCAAAGACUGAUAUGAUUCUGUUAUCGUGCAUCCCUAUUUAAUUUUUUAUUAUUUAAAUUCCUGAUGUAUUAAUUUGGACAUAUUUUGGUCAGUUUAUGAAUGACCUCUUACAGGCACUCCUUUCUUGCAGGGAUAUUAUAGUUCACUAAAACUAUCGCAAAAAUCUGCUCAUUAACUGUAAUAAAAAAUAAAAGUGACUUUUCAAAAACUAUCACUAAAUCAAAACUGUUUGCUGAGUGUUUUCAGUAAAUGAGAGUUUAGAUGUGUGUUUGUGUGAUUGUGUUUUUGGCCAAGUGGAGCUCAGUCUGCUGCUGUGAUCAUUUAUUCUUUAUUCACUCUCAUCAAAUACCAGCUAUAGCAGCAUUCCUCAUAAUACUGAAACUGAAUGAAAAACAAAACUAAAAUUUUAACUGUUCAGAAAUUGAAAAGGAGACUAAAACUGUUCAACUUUUCAGAAAAUAGAAAAUAAAUUAAAACUAUUGACUCUUAAAACUAAAUGAAAAACGUGUGAAAUGUCUACUAUAACUAUUACUAUGACUAUAAUAGCCCUGCUGUCUGACUUGCACUAAGAGAAAUCCACUGAGUAAUUAAAAGAAAAGAAGUUCUCAUCUAUGCAAUGGAGUUUGUGCCAAAAAAAUUAGUAAGAGCUGUACGGUAACUCCUCUCACGCUGGCACUGAUCUGAUGUUUACUGCUGAACGGUGUGUUUAAAAGGGCUUUUUUUUUCCAAGAUGAUUUUCUGCUUAUGGCGGAUUUUUUUUAUUUAUUUCUUUUUUUGUCAGAACAUUUUCGGAAGAUUAUUAAUAGUAUUAUUUAGAUGGGUUUUUUUUCACUAGCUUGAAAUUUGAUGUAAAAAAUGUAAGCUUGAACUCAUAAAAAGAGCAAUAAAGAUGUAAUUUAACUCUG